CAGCUGGUCAAAGGCAGAAACAAUGAGACACAUCCUGAAGGGGAUGGCUGGGAAGAACCAGGGUAGAGCCAAGUGAGAAUCAGGGACACAAGUGUCCAGACAAACAGCGUCCCUAAACUGAAAAUCCUCCCCCCUCUUCAAACAUGUCUCACAGAAAUCAAAUGUCAUGAAGCAGAGCACCUGGGAACAUGGCCCCACGAGAGAGAGGAACCAGCAACAGUUCCAUCAGUGACAAGCAAGAACAUAACUCUAGUCGUGUUAUUGCAAUUGUGUUCCUGGCACUCUUCAUUGACUUGUUGGGAUUUGCUCUCAUCUUGCCACUGUUUCCUUCCAUCCUUGAUUAUUACAGCCAGACUGAGGAUGGAUUCUACUUGUCAUUGCAACGUGGUGUGGACUGGUUUGCAGCGAUGGCUGGGAUACCUCCAGAGCGGAAAUACAACAGUGUCUUAUUUGGAGGUCUGAUUGGCUCAGUCUUUUCCAUCCUACAGUUUUUCUCCUCUCCCCUCACUGGUGCCAUGUCAGACUGCUUGGGCAGGAGACCUGUCAUCUUGAUGACGGUGAUAGGUUUGAUAACAUCAUACUCACUAUGGGCUGCCUCUAGGACUUUUGGCGUUUUUCUUCUCUCCAGGAUCAUAGGUGGAAUAAGCAAAGGGAAUGUCAGCCUCUCCACAGCUAUAGUUGCUGACUUGAACUCUCCAAAAGCACGAAGCAAGGGCAUGGCAAUGAUUGGUGUUGCUUUCUCCCUUGGUUUUACCCUGGGUCCCAUGAUUGGAGCUUACCUGGCGAUGGAGACAGAGAAGGGAGAAGUCUUCUAUCUCCGUUCAGCAUUGGUAGCACUCAUGUUUGCUGUGGCUGAUUUAAUUUUCAUCUUCUUCCUACUUCCGGAGACACUUCCCAAAGAAAACCGGGUCUCUUCUGUGACAUCUGGAUUUCAGGCAGCAGUUGACUUGCUCAGUCCUUUGGCUUUAUUUCGGUUCUCUGCAGUCACCCGAGGAAAGGAAUCCCCUUCAGAGGAGAAUCUUCAGAAUCUCAAAAUCUUGGGUCUGGCUUAUUUCCUGUACCUUUUCCUGUUUUCCGGCUUGGAGUACACACUGAGUUUCCUCACUCACCAGAGAUUCCAGUUCAGCAGCAUGCAGCAGGGCAAGAUGUUUUUCUUUAUUGGAAUAACAAUGGCUGUGAUCCAGGGAGGCUAUGCUCGCCGAAUCAAGCCAGGAAAUGAAAUCAGAGCUGUAAAAAGGGCUAUUAUAUUGCUGAUUCCAGCUUUCCUGCUAAUUGGAUGGGCUGCAAAUGUGGCCAUGCUGGGUGCUGGACUGCUGCUGUACUCUUGUGCUGCGGCCAUUGUUAUCCCGUGUUUGUCAGCAGUGGUGUCAGGCUACGGCUCUGCCAGCCAGAAGGGGCGAGUGAUGGGCAUCCUGCGGAGCCUGGGCGCCCUGGCCAGAGCCCUGGGACCGAUCCUGUCAGCUACCGUUUACUGGCUGGCAGGGGCUGAGGUUUGUUUCACCCUCUGUGGUGCUUUCUUCCUCGUCCCCUUUGCUUUACUUGGUUCUAUAAAAGAGCCGCUGAAGGAGGAGUAGGAAGGAACCACAGAACUAUCACUGGCUGCCCAGGACCACUCCUCAACCUGACUCUCAGCACCCAACUCUGCUGUUCAAAGAGGAAGAGGAGGACUUUGAUCUUCUGAAAGGGGCUACUCCAUAACCACUUGCAGCAACAACAGACUUCAGGUCUCCUACAGCCCCCCCCCAGCUCCGUGUCUCAUGACCUCCCAGCCAGCUUGGCUGGUUUCACAAAUAGAAGAACCACCACCACCAAACACUCCCAGACCGGUGGAGUAAAGCACUGAGCCCAUUGGCCAAGCAGGGCUGUCACAGCAGCAGCACGGCCCCUGCUACCACAACUCUGCCAAGCAUGGGUGAAGCUGCAGCGCCCACUGUCCUCGGCUCUGCUCCUCUCCCUGUCCUCAGCCUCCACUGCCAUGGACUGACUGAUCUGUGCCUGGCUACCAAAGAACAGUCCCCCAGGGGCCUUGCACCAGGUACUGCAGCAGUUGGCACCCUAAGGUGUAGGGGGCCUGGUAACAGCUUGACCGCCUGCCUUAAAACAUGACAGUCAAACCCAAGCAGCAGCUGCAGGCUCCCCCAGCCGGACAGAGACUGUUUUUAAUACACAAUUAAAUUGAGAGAUGU